AUGGCUUCAAUGUUUGCAACACAGGAUGCUUCAAAUAUAGCUAAUGAAAAUCCAGUUAAUCUGUGGAUUCGUUUAAAAUUCGAAGAACGUCUGGAUAAAACGAUGAAAUACUACACAUCAAAGAUGGUAAUCGUUCAAAUAAUAGUAGCAUGUGGUUUUUCAAUCUCAGAACUUUCUUGUGGUAUAAAUUAUUCAAAUCAAUGUCCAAUGGAACCUGCGAUUAAUACAUUUCUUGUUGCUCAUGGCGCUACAAAAUUCGCAUGGAUCUUCUUGACGAUUCUUGCGAUUGCUGACGCUAGAUUAAUUUAUAAAAAGAUGAAUAGAAAAAGUCUAGCACGUCGACUUAUGCUUAUAAAUCUUGUAUUUCAGUCUCUUUUUGCCGUAUGGUUUUUUUCAUGGUUUAUUGCUGGCAAUAUUUGGGUGUUUCGUAAUAAAAAUCGUUAUCAAUCUAAUGAUCCAACAAAUACAAGUACGUAUUGUUAUGGAGAUUUAUAUCAAGCAGCAUCUUUGCUGAUUAGUAUGGAAUAUGUUGGCUUUAUAAUCACUUUCAUUGGAACAGUUAAACGCCGCUUUAUUAGUAGAAGACUUAAACAUGCGAUGAAUAAUAAAGUUAAGCAUGAAAUAAUGGCUUAA